AGCGGGGAUCGAACCCGGGACGGCAGCGCUGCGCUAACCGCUGCGCCACCGCUCACAAGGGAGCCUAAGAAACCUACACGCGAGCCCACGUGGGCGGGGUGGAGAGCGCGCAAGCGAUAACUUUGUUAACAUUUUUAUAAACUGUUAUUGGCGGGGAUUUUUUGUAUUAUUAUUAUAUACAAGCACAGCAAAAUAUUAACGUCGGCACCUUUGUGUGACGUCGAUUUUUGGGUAAAAUUAAAACGUUUAUAAGUGAACAAUAAAGAAGCUUGAACGUUGUUUUUUUUAGGGGGGGUUGCUUUGUGGGUCGUCCUGAGUGGCGUGGCGCCUGAGGCCUCCUCCUCGUCCUCUUCCUCCUCCUCCUUCUCGUCGUCUGGUGAGGGUGAGGAGGUGCUGCUGCUGCUGGGUGGACAUGCAGCUACCGUCUGAAAGGGUGGUUGAUCUCUUGCUGCAAGCCAUGGAGGACUGCCUCCGGGAGCAAACGCAGCUGGAGCAAGAGAUAGUGGCUUACAGGCAGAUCCUGCAGCCACGGGUAAAUGUGACUGAGGAAUGUGAACCUACACGCAUCUCUGCGGGAGGAGACGUGCAAGAAGCAGCCAAACCUAGUGCUCAAGAGAUGGAGGAUUUGGAGCUGCUCAACAAAGCUUUGGCAAAGGCCCUGAAGGUCCGAGAGUCUGGCAGAAACUUCCUCAAGGAGCUGGACAGUGCUGGCAGCGUCGGCACAAACGACCAAGCCCCACAAGUCGACGGCUUUUACGUGCAGGACAAACGGGGCCCUGCACCACCCAGGAAACAUCAAGCUGUGAAAGAGAAAAGCCGAGCGAGAGGCCCUCCAACCACGGCCGCCGCUAGCACGAGGGCGACCUCUGCCACAAAGGCUGCGCCCAGAGCCUCGUCUCUCUCCCGCAGGCGGGUGGACUCCUGCGGUGCCGAGCGGCCUCCGUCUACGCAAGCUGCCCGAGCCAGGACGUCCAGUGCUUCGCGAGCACCUGCGGUGGACAGUAGGGUUCCAAAGGUGGCUGCAGUUGACAAGCAGGGCAAGCGAUCCAGCGCACCGGGCGGUCGGAAAUCUGCAGCGACAGCAGCGACAGCAGUGACAGCAGGGGCAUCACAUGUCUCAAACGCGAAGGGCCUGCGCGCUUCUACAGCUCACACCGCAGGGAUGGGUGCGGCCUUCCCGGAGGAUGAGCCCACCGGGGCCGGAUCGGCGGCCGUGCUGGACGGCCCACCAGCGUGCUCGCGGGAGGCGGAUGAGUUCACUGCGCGACACAAAGGCUCAAACCUGGAAUUUCCUGAAAAGUGGAAGAGACAGCAGGCAAAAAACCACCGCCUCUGGCAGAAAGUGGGCCUACUGCAGGGCAGCUGCACGCCAGAGGAAGAGGCGUACGCCCUGAAGUUGCGGUCUACUUUUCUCGACGGUGGGGUGGCCGCGUUGAGCCGCCACGAUGUGGCACAGCGGCUUGAGGAAGUGGACCUUGUCGCGAGCAGUAUGGAUCACCUGCUGUGGAAGGAGAUGGAAGGCCGUGCCGCGGACGAGUCCCUUGGCUGGGAAGCGCUGUGCAAGAGGACGAAGCUUCUGGAAGAGUGCCAGCUGCUCAUCUCCAGGCUCCAGGAGGAGGUCGCCCAGCUGCAGCAAGUGGCCGAGCGGUGGUCUGCGACGGGCCACCGUCUGCAGGUGCCGAGUGCGGGCUUGCCCCACGGAAGGCCGGGGACCCGCUUUGCCGAGCAGCUGAUGAGGCCCGUGGUGACGUACAGCUCCGCGGAGGAGCUGAAGGAAAUGGCGAGCAUGCAGCACGACAUGGCGUGGCUGCAGUUGCUUCAGCGUGUACAGCAGGCGAUCGCCGAUGAGUUCCUUCCCUUCCUCAGCACGCUGGACCCCGCCCGGCCUCCCUUCCCCGCCGUGUACCGAGCCGUGUACUCCAUCCUAUGCGAGGGCGCGGAGGCGUUCCCCUCCCUGGUGCGCGACGCCUCUUUGUGAAGGCUGUUUACACGGGCGUGUGCGUGCGUGUGUCUGGGUGCGCGCGUGCGUGUCUGUGUGCGUGUCUGUGUGCGUGUCUGUGUGCGUGUCUGUGUGCGCGUGUGCGAGCGUCUCCGCGUGCGUGUGUGCAUGCGUGGGGGGACCGGUGGCGCAGUGGUUGGGGCACUGCGCUACAAAAUCCAACAAUCUGCAAUCGAUUCCUGAUGUCGAGCAUCUGAACCGGUCGUGGGCCUCCGCUCGGUCAUCUCGUCUUUAAAAUGAACUCCUCGUCGCACCAUGAUGCUUGGCCACACCACCGCCCCCCCCCCCCCCCAACUUGUGCGCCGUACUCACCGCCGUAGAUGUUUCAAACGGCACUACCCCACAACAGCCUGUGUGGGCUACGCGGGGGAUCUUUGUCUUUGUGCUUGCGUGCGCACGCGCGACCCUUUCUCGUCUCCCAUCGUCACCGCAGCAGCAGCAGCAGCAGCAGCGUCUGUGUCCAAUUACAUAAUUGCGUCCAAAUGUGAGGCCAUUACGCUUGUCAGCGUCCCUUUAUAUAUAUAUAUUUUUUUAGAGUGUAAUUAUGAUCAUUACCGCUGUCACGCGUUCCUUCGCCAGCCGCAUCUGGGCUGGCGGGCCGCUGAUAGUCGCGCGUUUACGUUUGAACGCGGGCGAGCGCCUUCGCCACCGCUAAUGUGCCCGUCGGUGCUCUUACAUCACAAACGUGCAUCGGUCGCGUGAAAGAUUGAGAACACAUUUGUCUACAAUUACCAUGUAUAGCACGAUACCUCGUGCACCAGUAAACGUUUUUGGAAAAAUGUGAAAGUAAAAAGAACUUUCGAAAUCGGUCUGCUUUUGUUGUGGUUCUUAUCCGCUUACAAUUUGGGAUGAAUGCAGAAUUUUCUCGGAAUUAUCUUUUUGUUUUUAUUGCAGAUGUUUCAGAAUUUUAUGGAGUUUGAUUAGAUCGGUGUAAAGAGUCAUUUUCGAUUGCAAAUGUCAAGUCUGCAUGGAAGUAAAGUUUAAUAGGAGGGACGUCUGCUCACAGGUUGGUUAGUUGGUUGCUUUGCCCGGCAGUGGGGACACUGAAUAUUGGAGCAGAAUUGUGAAGGACACGGGGAAGGAAACGCCGCACCGAGCAGCCACACAAACCAUUGGCACUGCACCGAUACACGGAUGCCUACAAUUAAUAUCAAUCAUCUUAAGAUUUUCUAUUGAAUGCGUGAGCAUUUGAUGCCACGUAAUUUUUUUUUUUUUUAAAUUAAUGAACAGAGGCUAAUCUGACUCGACCACAGUGUGUGAAGAGUACGCGAUGAACCACGGCCGAGUGCUCCACCGUGAUACAACCAAACACCGCACACUCGCGGCUCAAGUAAUCGUGUGCCCUGAAGGUGUAGGGCACCGCUGUGAGUGAGGGCACCGCUUGCCAGUCGUACGUGGCGAGAGCUCUCAAGUCAGAACCAACCCAAGUGCGAGCCAACACAAUUGCAAACGCGACCAAUCGGCGUUUUUCUCUCGUCCCAUUACACAGCACGGCACUACGGGCGCCACGGUGGCCAGGAGAUGUUAAUUACCUCGCCCGGUAUACAGGAGGUCGUGGGUUCGAUCCCGACUCUUGACGCCUGCUGUAUAUUUGGAGUUUGCGUGGCUGCCAGAAAUUUCCAUAUAAGCCGCUUCUGAAAAAGAGCAAUCUAGCUCAAUGGGCCACACCUGGUAACAUUAAUUACAAAUAGCUUAUUUUAAAUGUGAAUGUUUUACCUUCAGUUCCAUGAGCAGGCGCUGGGUGGCCUGUGGAGAGGGAAUAAUCCAGCAGUGGAUUAACCAUGGCUGCUGCUGAUAUAUUUCUAUUGUAAUUAUGUAAAAGUCGAAGGAUACACAAACGGUUAAAUGCUGCGCAUGUGCCGUGUCGCAUAAGGAAAUCGACAAAUCGAUGGUGACUUUCAGCUAUGUGGUGUUGGGGAAUGCGUGGCGAUCACAUUGGUGCCAGGCUCUGUUGAGGGGAGGCGCAACCCUGAUUGCACAUUCAACCCGGCAUUCAUCUUCUGGGAGUGAAGCGUCUGCAGAGCGGUUAGCGCAAAUGCACUACUCGCCUGGAAACCCAAGUUUGACUCUCGCCAAUGUCUUAACGUCGGUUGUGAACGAUAUUUGAACCGGGUCCAUCAACCCGCACUUGCCAGCAUGAUGAAGUAUGGUCAUUGUCAUAACCAGCAUGGCAAGAGGGGGUCAUUGUCAUAACCAGCAUGGCAAGAGGGGGUCAUUGUCAUAACCAACAUGGCAAGAGGGGGCCAAUUGUCAUAACCAACAUGGAAAGAGGGGGUCAUUGUCAUAACCAGCAUGGUGAAGUAUGGUCAUUGUCAUAACCAACAUGGCAAGAGAGGGCCAUCUCACAGUGGCGAGAUGUUAUCACCUUUGCCUGGUAUACAGGAGGUCGAGGGUUCGAUCUCAACUAUGACGCCUGGAUAUAUGGAGUUGGCAUAUUCUCCACGGUGGUUGCGUGGAGUCUUCUCUCGGUUCUCCGGUUUUCCCCUCCACAUUUAGAAUCAACAACACGCGUUUAGAGUAUUUGGCUGCUAUAAAUGUCCGUGAUAAGCCAUUUCGUUGACCUGUCAUUUGUGACCAGGUCGCUUCUGAAAAAGGGUUAAUAGCCGAGUGGACUUUAUCUGGUUAAUAAAAGUGUUUCGUUUAAUUCUGCAGUGAAUGGACAAAGGGCCUUAAUAGUUAUAAUUUAGCCUGCGGCCAAAGCCAAGGGCACCGUUGGUGUGUGGAUUUUUCGAGCAUUAUGCAACCUGGAAACCGGACGACUUGCCAUCGAAUAAAAAAAAAAUUCCACCCAAUUCACUCCCAACUAUGAACAAGGACUUGCUAAAAUAAGUUGGCGGAUAUCCGCGGGCUUGUCAUUUUAUUGCACCUGGUGAUGUGCCAGUCAGGCCGCUCCUUGGUUGGCGUGUCAUUGUUUACGGGUAGAUUGCACCAGGGAUGGGAUGGGGGGGGGGAGAACAUGCCACGGGGAUUGUUGCACGGUGGAUUUUUUGCUUGUAUCAAUAAUCCGUACGGCAGGAGCGAGGUCACCAGUUGGGUCUUCAUUCUGGAAUUCGAGGUGAUGGAGCACCAAUGACGCAAUGCCCGCCGCGUAUGUAUUCCCUCCGGUUUGAGUUCGUUUCGAGCGAUUUUACUUUCGCGAUCACCGCUGCGUUGGUCGUCGGGCUGAUUCCACUUUUUAAAUGCCUGCAGUUGGAUGUAACUAGACGUCGCCUGCGUGGUGUCCCAUUAUUAAACGCUGGCUCUCGGGUUGUUUUCAUGUCACCGUGGUUGCUCCUUUGCACACACAAGAACAUCGUUUCACUCGCUGUUAACAAGUUGUUGCUUCCCAGUGUGAGCUUUGAGUGGACAAAUUUGAUCCCGAGCUCGGCCAUCAUCGGCGAAUUGUGAUCUGCGAAUGAAAUGCGCAUUACAAAUGUAAAUUAUUAUAUUGCUUUUUGGGCAGAAACCGUACAUAAUUUUACAACUGAAAUGUACCUCGCUGGAAAGUAAGUUCUACAGGUGUGCUUUUGUAUCGUUUAUAAAUGCAUCUUUUGGAGUUAAUGUUUUGCCGAUUGUCGUAAAAAUAUAUUUGCUCACUUGGAAGUAUUUCUGCCAGAAAUUUAUUUUCAGGUUUUUUGUUCAUGUGAUGCUGUUAUUGUUAACGUGUUCUGGUGUGGACAUGUGUUAUUGGUCACAUGUUGUCGUUUCAAUGUUUUUAUAUUCGCGUUUUGUUGACAUGUAUUGUUGUUGGGCAUCUGUGAAAACUGCUGUACAUCUCUGAAAACGAGCUUUAUAGCCCAUCGAAUUCCUCUAGCCUAAAUAAAUAUUCUCAUUGUAAAGAUUCACGUUUUAUUAUUUACAUGUUCUGUCUGCAUGUUUGCUUAUUUACAUUCACAUUUUGUUAC